CUUUGAAAAUGUCUCACGUAACGUACGAUUUGGAAUUUCGGAAAGUCCAUGAUCUCCUAACAGAAACUCUCCAAUUGGAGCCGGUUCAGGCAGACAGAAGGGACGAUAGGGACAUACUAGCGACGCUUUAUGUGAGAUAUAUUCUCAUCGCAAAUCGACUAACCAGGGUUGUGGACCAAAUGGUGCAGCCCCAAAAAAGAAUGCUAGUUAAGAAACUUUUGGAGGCUUCUUUAGGAAGGAUAUUGGAACUAAAAACAGAUUUAGUGGAAGCUGAUCUGAAUGAAUGGACCCAUAUUGGAGAUGUCAUGGAAAAGUUGAAUCUGACACCACUCGAUGUAGAACUGGAAGUGCCCACCUGUUUCAGACGGGAAAGAAAAACUGAGAUAGAAUACCGAAGACAAACAAUCGACAGCGUCUUAUCCAAACUAGGUUUUCUAGAGAAAAAAGAACCAAAGAAAGUGAUGACAGAACAACAAGCCAUUCUGAUCAUUCAACAGCAUGAAAGAGCCAGACAAGGCCGACUCAGGGCUCAGUUUAUGAAGGAGAUCAAAAUGAUGAAAGUGAAAAGUAAGCCGAUCCCAGGAGAAGAUACUGAAGAUGAGGGGAAACUUGGAGGUAUUAGCAUGGCAGCUGCCAUGAAAAUACAGAAAAUCUGGAGAGGGUUUAUGGCUAGAAGAGCAACCAGGAGAAGAAAAUUAGAGGAGAUGCUUUUAAUAGGAAUGAUUCCUCCACCAAAAUCCAAAAGCCAAGAAUUGGAGAAAGAUAAAGAGAACAAAGAUCGGAGGAGACAGCUACAAGAACAAAGACAAAAAGAAUACCACAGGGAAGUAAAGAGGUGCAGGGAAGAUUUGGAGAGGAAUCAGAGAGAAGUUGUUUUGGAACAGCUAAGUGAUCAAGUGAGAAACUGGUUGAAUGAGUACAAGGCUCAAACUGGAAAAAUACCUGAAUACACUGGAGAGGACAGGAGUCCUUCCAGGUUAUUACUAAGCAGACAAGGAACUGAUAGCGAGUUGAGCAAAUCCACCUCAUCCAAGGAUUCAAAGGUAAAAAAAGACAAAAGUCCAAAAUCGAAAGAAAGCAAGUCCAGUACAGCUGAAGAAGAGGAAGAAACUACCAAGGCCAUAGUUUCUACGUUUGUACCAGAACUGAACAUGAAGAAGGAGGAGUACGAUGAAAUUUGGAAAAACAGGAAUGAAUUUCAAAAUCCAAAUCAGUUGCCUGAUACUAGUAUUAUUGAACAAGAACAAAUGGCUAUAAUGGAGAAUGAGUUAAGGAAGAUUGUAGACGAGAUGAUGAGAGCAGAACUUGAGCUGCUUCAGGAAGCGUACGAUAAAGAUAAAGGCAUAAAAUCAAGAAAAAAAUCUAGCAAAAAGGCUAAGAGAGGAGGAAAAAAGAGUAAAAAGAAAAAGGAGAAAGACCUAACCCCAGACAGGACUACAGAAUCUCUUUUUGAGGAACUUAUUGCAAAUGGGAUCAUUAAAAAGUACCCAGAGGUCUACCUGAAUCAAUACUUAGGUGAGAAGUCCUACUUUUAUCCAGUAAAGUGUAAUAUGGGCAAGGAACCUCUAAUAGGAUUAGGAGAUUUUAGACAAAUCCUACAAGAAUACUGCAUUAUUCCUCUUUUCACUCCACAUCUGCAUCAAUCAACACCUCAUAUCAAAUCGGUGAUGAUAGCAGGAACAAAAGGCUCUGGUAAAGACAUGUUAGUUAAUGCAAUCUGUACUGAAACUGGCUCUGUGCUUUUUGAUCUGACUCCAGCAAAUAUAGUUGGAAAAUAUCCUGGAAAGUCAGGAUUGAUUAUGUUAAUGCAUUUAGUUACUAAAGUGGCCAGACUGCUCCAGCCUUCAGUAAUCUAUAUGGAUAAUGCUGAAAGGCCUUUCGUUAAAAAAAUACCGAAGACUGAUAAGACGGAUCCUAAAAGACUGAAGAAGGACCUCCCGAAAAUGGUUAAAAAUAUGAGCCCCGAAGAUAGAGUAAUUUUCAUAGGAGUUUCUAGUUGUCCAUGGGAAAGUGAUCAGAAGCUCCUACAGCAGGUUUAUCAGAAGUUCCUGAUGAUCCCAAAGCCCAACUACAGUUCCAGAUAUAGUAUUCUAUCACAUUUAUUCAGUCAGUGUAUGUCGUUUCACUGGCAAUUUGACACUGGAGUUGUUAGCAAAAUAUCUGAUGGAUAUUCAGUAGGGUCUAUCAUAAGCGCAGUGAAUGAAGUAAUGACAGUGAAGCGAAUGCUUCAACUCCGUAUUCAUCCUUUGAGUUCCUUGGAAUUGGUGAAUGCUCUUUGCAAGAGGACACCUAUCUAUAAGGAGGAAGAAGAAUCAUUUGGACAAUGGUGGGGAAAAGUACCUAUUGCCCGGAAACGAUCCAAGGCGAUUGAGUUGUUGCAGUUGGAGCAGGCCGAAAUGCAAGCGAAGCAACAGGCCAAUGCUAAACGAAAGUAAUAAUAAAUAAUAAUAAAAGAAUCAUAUAAGUCGUACUAACGACUUUCAUUGUGUAAUCAAGAACAUUAAUAUUUAUUUUAUAUAAUUGUCCG